UUCGUUUAACGUUAUUGGCUAGUUCAAACGUCACGAGAUCCUAACACUAGAAAUUCAAAUUUUGAAAUUUGCUUCGAUAAGUCAGUUUGAGUUAAUGUAGUUUAUGUUCAAAAUCCAGGUUUUUGAAUUUGAAAGAUACUUGGAGUUGGAUAUAAAAUUUUCCUGAAAUGGCACCCGGAGGCGCAAAGUUGUCUCUGUUGGCACAGUACGACGACCUGUGUCGAUAUACUUCCGUAUUGACAGAAGGCCUGGAAUCGGACUUAAUAAAAUUUCUCAAAAAAUUUGAAAAUUAUGAAAGUGAUAAGAAAGUGGCAGAAAUAGAAAUUAUGGAAUUACAGAAACAAUUAUCUAAAGCCAAAGCCGAAAUUGGAGGUCUUGAGACAAAACUUAAGCAUGCAAGACAUCGUUUGGAAGUUGAGAUGAAAAAGCGAGCAAAAGCCGAAAAUGAUAGAAAUAUUUUGGAGAGACAGAUUUCUUUAAUCAGAGAAGUGUUGUUGGCUGAUCAGAAUGCUAUGAAUGACCAAACAAAAGAGAAGUUGGCAUUUCUCAACAGUACUUAUUAUCCAAGUAAAAAUAAGGAUUCUCCUAAAAGAUUACAAACAAUUGAUGAAUCUGGUGGUUCUGUACUUUCGCCGUCCGAUGUGAGUUUUGACAAGACAGACGACGACCUGGACUCUAAGGACGACUGCAGGCCAAGGAGUCAAAGAUCCAGAGGGAAAAGAAGCAGUCGUUCGACCAAUAACGAAACUUCAAUCAAGAGACGAAAAUCUCAGGAAAUUGAAGAAGUGAUAAAUGGAGAAACAUCGCUUAUUGCUACCACUACAGUUUCAUUUCCACAAUCUGGAGACGUAAUAGCCAAGGCCAAAAUCGAAACCGUUCCGACCGGUAGAGUGACGAGAUCCAAGCGUUUCAUUAGUGAACCCACUCCCCUGUCGGAAAAUAACUACACAUCCAAGUCGUCGUCUAAGUCAGAAAGUGAUAAAGAGCAAGAUUCCCUAGAACUUCCUCAUUUUAGAAAACCUUCUGCUCCUUUCCAGAAUGAACCUGCAGUGUUAAAUACUCCCAUCACAAACAAAAUCAUUCGUCCUUUCAGUUCUGCCGGAAAACUGAACAACAGAGCUCAUGCAUUUUGCACAAAAACAGUCAUCCGUCCUGAAACUUGUUCGCCAUGUGGCCGUCGAAUCAAAUUUUACAAACAGGCUCUGAAAUGUCAGGACUGCAGGGCAACUUGCCAUCCAGAAUGCAAGGAUAAAGUGCCUUUACCAUGUGUUCCCGUCUCUCAUACACCAACCAAUAAAGGAACUAUGGGUGUGAUAGCGGAUUAUACGCCAAUGGUUCCUCCUAUGGUUCCCGCACUGAUAGUGCAUUGUAUUAAAGAAAUAGAAUCUAGAGGAAUGAGCGAAGUGGGUCUUUAUAGAGUCUCUGGUUCUGACAGAGAAGUAAGAGAAUUAAAAGAGAAAUUUUUGAGAGGGAAAGGAGUGCCUAAUCUGUCGAAAGCUGACAUUCACGUCGUGUGUGGUACCAUUAAAGAAUUCUUACGGACUCUUCAAGAACCAUUGAUAACGAGAAGUACAUGGCUCGACUUUGUUAAUGCAUCAGAAAUGAAAGACAAUGAAGACAGUCAGAGUGGUAUAUACCAAGCAGUCAGUCAGUUGCCGAGACCAAACAGGGAUACAUUAUCUUACGUCAUUCUUCAUCUUCAAAAAGUUGCUGAGAGUCCCGAAUGUAAAAUGCCGAUAGUCAACUUGGCAAAGGUUUUCGGACCGACGAUUGUGGGGUUUUCCGUUCCGGAUCCUCCAAUGAUGGAUAUGAUAACAGAAACUAAAAAACAGCACAAGGUAAUGGAAAGAUUACUAACCAUAUCAAGUGAUUACUGGAAUAAUUUUGUUAACUAUCCGGAUGAAAACAUUUUCUCUACGGUUCCCAAGACACCUGAACGUCGACCAGUCCCAGCCGGAAGCAUGCUUGGUCCACUGCCUGGAAGCAAUCACGAUUCUAUGUCCAAGAAGUCCCGGGGAGUUUUCGGAAAAACUCCUCUUACUCCAAGGAACACGACCAACACGAAAAAUUCCGCCAGGCGACGACAAUUUUUUGCUUCUCCGAUGAUUAAAUAAUGUAAAUAAUAAUGUAAAAUACUGUAUUUGAUGGAAGCAUUUUCUGAAGUGAUCCUAUAUAAAUGUUGAGAUUUUUUUUUUGGACUUUAAACAAAUGACAUUAAAAGCGAUGUUUUUUCUUUACGUUUUCCUUAAUAUAACGCGCACAGAAUCUCUCUCAAUCUGUAUAAUUCUGUUUUAAAUUCUGACUGAAAAAAAUUCUACGGCGGCAUAUUUUAAACAUUCGGAUAAUUUUAAAAUCUAGUCCUCCUGUAAACGUGAAAUUUUUAAACAUUUAUAGUUUUUGUAAUAGUUGAAUGGCAAAAUGUGUGUAUUAAAAUUUAAA